CUCAGGCGUGUAUCUCCGGUUGCUAUGGCAAAAUUGAGAAAUGCUGGAAUUGUUUAGCAACUUUGAUAUCGACGGGUUUGAAGAAGAAAGCAGCAUUAUGGCAGGUCAAGAUAUCCAUAACUUUCAUUUCAUGGAUUACAGCAAAUGGGAGCGAAGUACAAGAACAAAACCUGUGCUCUGGGCAUCUCAUCAUGAUAAAGCAGUCAUAUCGUCUAACAAACGAGAAAUCAGACCAUCUCUGACUGGAAAACCAGGAAAAUCUCAUAUCCACAAUGACUUCACAAAACUCCCCAAAAUUCCUACAAGAAGGACAGCUGAAAAAGCAGAACAGGACCAGAUCACCUCAAAGAUGAAAUACAAUACCAGAGCGCUGAUGUUACUCAUCAAAUCCAGGAAAGAAGCAAUAAAAGACUUGGAAGAGCAUUGUCAACAGCUUCAAGAGAGAAACCUGCAGAUGGCCAAAAGCAUUAUGGCUACAAACAGAAGCUCAUUCGCCAGAGCCAACGAACUGCUCAUCCAGACAGAGCAAAAGAGGAGAUCAGAAGUAGCUUUGAAACGAUGGAAUGACAGUCUCAUUGAAAGUGCCAAAGCAGAGCUGAGAAAUAUAAAAGAAGAAUCACAGACACAUCUCAGCGGUUUGCAGAAGCAGUUGGAUCUGCUAAAAGUGAAGGUGGUAGAGGCUCAGAAAGAGCUCUGCAGCCUGAAGACAUACAAAGAUACGGAGUUCCCAGCCAAGGCCUUGCAGAUUGCAGAAUUGGAAAGAAAGUUGGAGAGACUAAAAGAGACGCAGCAGAAAGAGGAGGAGGAUUUAAAUCAGUUGUUUGAGAAAGAAAUGGUCAAUUUGGAGAGACGCCAACGCCAAAGAGAACAGGAAGUGCUGUCUGCUGCUGCUAUGAAACAUGCUUCCAAAAUCCCUCCCAUUGUCAAACGGGUGGCCUCAGAGAACGACACAAUGAGGAAAAUGAUUCAUGAUCAGAGAAAGAUAGUAAUGGAGAUCGAGCGAAAGAAUAAAGAGCUACAGAAGAGUGUUCAGGAACUGCGACGAUCGAGACCAUGCAGGAGUGAGAUCUUUCCACAUGUUUUCUUGAAAUCAGACAAGUGUACUCCAGAUAUGGAUGUCCAUCUCGAAAUACCCAAAAUGGAUUUACUUUCUUUGUAGCCUUGUGCUGAAGGCACUUCUUUUUUGAGUCUUCCUUUGAGCUGCUACGUAUUACAGAAGAAAAUCAAUGAGGCCACUUUAUUAAAUCAUAUUACUCAGUCAAACAGUUUGUACAGAUAUUAUUUUUUAAUUUGUCUUUGCUUUCAAUUUGUUUUAUGGGCUUUAUACUCUUUUUAUUUUUCUAAAAACACAAUUGCACUCUAGUGCAAGUAAUAUAAUUUA